UCUGGUUAAAAUUUAACCGGCCGUUAUUUUGUUAAUUUCGUUGCACCGCGUACUAACCGUAAGUUAACUCGAACUAACGACGACCAAAUUUAAUCGGCAGAUUGGGUGGUGGUUAAGCGGUGGUUAAGUUAACAGACACUAUUUGUAAAGAUGGCGGCGCGUGAUCAGCUGUGCAGCUCUUAUUAAAUAUAUCUUACAAGUGUGGCAAGUGGCGUCUUUGGUGUGUGAGCCAUAUCGUUGUGUAGAAAAAAAGAAAAAUGAUGGAAAUUGAAAUAAGAAUUAAUGAGGAUGAGGAGGAUGUGGAGGAUGUUGAAGUACUCGACUUCAUCUUCAAUGGUUUGCCUCGACAACUUUAUACGCGUCAUAACCACUUUGAUACUCUGGACGAUGCAGCUUUUCGUCGUCGAUUUCGACUGUCCAGAGCGUGUGUUCUCGAUCUAUUAAUAUCGAUUGAACGUGAAUUGGAAUUCCCAUCUGAUAUGAAUAAUGCUGUUUCGCCCAUGAAUCAGAUUUUGACGUGUUUGCGAGUGUUUUCGACAGGAGGACACCUUCAGAACAUAGCUGAUUUUAUGGGGAUGCAUUUGUCGACAGUGUCACGAAUUGUGAAAAGAGUUUCCGAAGCAAUUGCAAGAUUGUAUCGACAACAUAUAAAAUUUCCUAGUACAAAUGACGAAAUGAGUGAAAAUCAACGGAACUUUUUUUCUAUUAGCGGAUUUCCAAAAGUUGUAGGGGCCAUUGAUUGUACCCACGUAAAAAUUCAAUCUCCCGGUGGAGUUGAUGGAGAAAUAUAUCGCAAUAGAAAACAGUACUUUUCUAUCAACACUCAAGUGAUUUGUGAUGCCAAUUUGAAAAUAAUGAAUGUUGUUGCUCGAUGGCCAGGGUCUGCCCAUGAUUCUAAUAUUUUUAACCAUAGCCGUAUUAAAGAUGAUUUUGAGGACAAUGUAUAUCCUAAUUGUCUACUUCUUGGUGACAGUGGCUAUGCAAAUGGGAAGUAUUUAGUGACACCCCUAUUAAAUCCGAGAACACCUCCAGAGCAGUUAUAUAAUGAAAGCCACAUUAGGACUAGGAAUGUUAUCGAAAGAUGUUUUGGCGUUUUAAAGAGAAGAUUCCCUAUACUAGCUUAUGGGUGUAGGCUAAAAGUUGACACAUGUUUAAUUAUCAUUGUAGCUGCAAGUGUCUUACAUAAUUUGGCACUCCGCCACAAUGAUAAUGUGCCUCCACCUCUUCCUGAAUUGGUUAAUGAAGAGCAGCUAGAAAGGCUAAUCCAGGAUGGGCAAAUAGUUGCACCUGGGGAUAUUAGGAACCGAAGGCAUGUGGAUGGAACGAGGGAUUUUCUGAUUCAAAAUUAUUUUGGAAAUUUAUGAAUUAAUUUAUAGUUAGCAUUUUGUUAGCAUUAAUACUUAUAAAAUACAAUAUUAAUAACACUAAUAA